AUGCGGUUGUCGAAAUCCUCCCCGCCAAGGUGGGUGUCGCCAGCAGUGGCCCUCACCUCGAACGUACCCUUGUCGAUCGUCAGGAUAGAGACGUCACAGGCCAUAGGCAAUGGCGGCAGCAGUGGGCUCAUUGAUGAUGCGGAUGACAUUGAGGCGGGCAAUGGCACCGGCAUCCUUGGUGGCCUGUCUUUGAGAGUUGCUAAAGUAGGCCGGGAUGUGUUAAUGCCUUUGUCCGGAGGCCUCGAAGCGUAUCAAAUCCGUACACAGCAGUAUUAUACGGGCGGAUACGGCGGCCCUGUAGAGUGGGUCUCUUUGGGUAAGGGGGCAGUUAAAUCUAAGCCCUUGGAUUAA